AUGUAACGGUAACUACUUGCUAACUGUUAAACCUCGCUAGCAAGCGGGCUAGUAAUUUCUACAAGUGUUAUAAGCUGACUAGCCGUUAGCUUAGCAGGCAGGAGCCAUCUGUUACAAGGCAACCCGUCAGAAACAGUUGGGGCGGCCAUCUCUGUAAUUAAGACUAAAAACAAAAAAAGGUCGAUUUUUAGUUAUUAAAACUGUACAUCUUAACUAAAAGGAGGAUUUAUAUUUUGUUAAUUAAGCAGUGCUUCUGUUACCGAUAAUAAAAUAACUUCGUUUUAUUCUCGUGACACGGUUGUUGUCAACGAACUGACUGUACCUCAUAGUUUGCCCUUCCCGGCACAGCGGCCAAUCAAAGCCCUUAACAUUGUGAUUGACUGAUCUCGCAGCCAAUAGCAACCCUUCAACAAAUAUGAUGGCUCUGUCCGCGGUGUUCGGCGGAGCGGCGUCUCUUUCCGGCGCAGUAUGCUGGGAUGCUGAUGCUGAGGAGCCUCCUUAAACUGUAGCAUCGUUAGAGCUCAAUGUUUAUCGAUAUGUUGUAUUGCCUGAGGUUGCCGCACUGUGUUGACCUUUGUGUGUGCGGCCUGCUGUUGUUUCUUUUAGCGGGGCUGCAGCAGGUGGAAGCAGCAGCCGCCGCCGCCGCGGAGAUGGUCAGUCUGAACUGGAAGCCGUUCAUCUACGGAGGGAUGGCCUCGAUUGUCGCAGAAUUCGGGACAUUUCCCAUUGACCUGACAAAGACCCGGCUACAGGUUCAGGGUCAGUCUCAGUACACUGAAGUGCGCUACAGAGGCAUGUUCCACGCGCUCUUUAGGAUCGGCAAGGAGGAGGGCGUCCGGGCGCUCUACUCUGGGAUUUCUCCCGCUCUGUUGAGACAAGCUUCUUAUGGGACAAUCAAGAUAGGAACCUACAACUCUCUGAAGAGGCUGUUUGUGACUCAUCCAGAAGACGAGACCAUGGUCAUCAACGUCUUCUGUGGUGUCGUGUCUGGAGUCCUCUCCUCCUCUCUGGCCAACCCCACUGAUGUCCUCAAGAUCAGAAUGCAGGCGCAGGGCAGUCUUCUCCAAGGCAGCAUGAUGUCCAACUUCAUCAACAUCUACCAGACAGAGGGCACCAGAGGGCUGUGGAGAGGUGUCAUCCCCACAGCGCAGCGAGCAGCCAUUGUCGUCGGGGUGGAACUUCCUGUCUAUGACAUAACGAAGAAGCACCUCCUUCGCUCUGGCGUCAUGGGAGACACAAUUUUGACACAUUUCAUCUCAAGUUUCACGUGUGGCUUGGCCGGAGCGCUGGCCUCCAACCCUGUAGACGUGGUCCGGACCCGCAUGAUGAACCAGCGGGUUUCAUCGGGAAGCCCCAUGUACAAAGGAACGUUGGACGGAGUGAUGCAGACGUGGAAGAAUGAGGGCUUCUUCGCUCUCUAUAAAGGAUUCUGGCCUAACUGGCUGCGACUGGGACCUUGGAACAUCAUUUUCUUCAUCACCUUCGAGCAGCUGAAGAAGCUCCCGUUUUAACACGAGCACAAACUGGGACUUCGCUGGUCUGUCAGACUGUGUCGGGUGUAAAUGGGGUGUGAGCUCGGCAGCGCCUGGAGUUUUGACACCAGUAUAUUCGCACUCCCUUCAGAUUCAUCCCAGUGAUACAAUACGGUAUCAGUCAUCUGCUCAUGCAAAUCUUAGAUUGAUUUCUUUUUUCCUUUUUAUUUGCAAAGUGUUUUAUUUAUUGUCACUGGUUCUGUUUUCGUACUGUUUAAAGGACUGUUGCUUUGAUGAUUAGUCUCACCCUCAACCACCUUUGACACUCCCCCAGGCAGCUAAACGUUUGGUUGUAGGAGAAGACUGAAAGUUUGGGAGGCUAGAUUCAUUUCACUUGAGUUGAUGAGAAAGACGAGAGUUUAUCACCGUGGAAUCUUGAGAUGACAAUUGACGAUUGUUUGCUCAGGGUUCCUACACAGAUAUAGAAAAAAAAUGGGAUAAGAAUUUAUUAAUAAGCUAGGAAUUGCACAGUGCCAGCUCAGACAUGCAUGGCCACGCUAGGUUUUUGGAGUUUUGAGGAGAAAAGAAUAUGACAUUUUAAAAUCAAUCAGUGUGUAGAAACCGUGUAUGUUAAAUGCGUUGGCGCUGCAUGACGUGUGCUCGGAAAAUAAGUCGGAUUGAGCUGUUGACUGAUAAGGAAUUGCAUGGAAGACAACAAAACCGACUGUUAUAGGUAGCACAGAAUUCACACUGACAGAAAGGAGGAAAUAUUUCUCAACAACAGUUUUAAUCUUUUAAGUUGCCAUUCAACACACAAACUUUUGUCUGAAUUUAAAGCUGAGGAAAACUUUUUUUUUUUUCUAUUAUGAAUUGUUGUUUUUAGGAAAAGCAAUUACCAGAGACACAUUCAAACCCAAUCUCUGAACAUCUGUGAUCUUAAUGAGCCACUGAAGUUUAACUUGAAACAAUCAAAAAUCUGAACCAAAGCCUCUAAUGACAAAAGGAGGAGACACUUUCAACCAAAACAAAGUCUUUUAUUUUAAAGUUAAUCCAAAUCAGUGGGUUUUGUUCUGCAGUAUUAGGAGCUAAUAGAGUGCUAGCAGUCCAUAGUUUUAUUGUUAAGCCACGAGACAACAAUCCAGCACAUAAUGUAAAUCGCUCUACAGAAUAUAUCUCACAUGGAGGUGGAUCUAUAUUAUCUUGCGCAUGUCCAGGUGUUUUAUUUUGAUCUAAAGUCAUGGCAUGAAUAGAAAAGUGGCGACUGGUGUGGAUAAAAAGUGGAAAAGAGUCCCUCUGUGCCAAAAAGUCUUUCUACUAAACUGGGCUAAAUUUAUUUGCAGAUAAUUCUGAAAAAUGUUUCGUUUGCAGCAAAUGAGUAAAAUUUUGUUCACAGGAGAAACUCAGAAAGUAUCUGAAAGUCAGUGUAGUAUGUUGUUUUGAAUUUAUAACACAUUUGAAUAUUGUGGAUCACAUUCUGUAAACUCAAUGUAAAACAGAUCAAAUGUUGUUUAAUUAUUUUAUGGGGAUCCCAUACGUGUACAAUAUCUUAACAGUAAUCCUAACGCAUGCUACAAAUGAUUUGCAAAUACUAAUUGUCCCUUGUUUGACUUGCACAGUCCACGCCAGGUGACCUCAGUCUUUCAUCCACCUGCAUCACCAAAACUUUUCUUUAUGUCAUCAAAUAUUAUUAUAUUUUCAACCUAUUUUUUGUCAUUUUUAUUUGUUUCAAAAGCUGAUUGUUAUUAUUUUCUCAACUUUUGCUGCUUUCAUCUACAUAUACAGUAGGUUUUUCCUUAGCCUGCUUCUCCUUUUUCUGAUUAAAAACGCAUGUCCUUUUGCCCCGAAAUGCAUCAGCUAUCCUCACAGCUGCAAAGAUCUCACAAACGGUCUUUGACCCUGAUUGCGGAGUCCAAAAUCAAACCAUCAAUGUUUCCAAAUGUAAACCCAAUAUCUCGAGCGUCACCAAAGUGGGUAAAAUAUGUAUCUGUAAGGAGUUCAUUAACUUCGCACACUUGAUUUUAGAGUUUGUUGGGAACUUGUGCUGAAGAGUGGAGCAGGUUCGAGAGGCCACGCAGUUUUGAGUGUGUGUUGAAGUCCUAUGGCUGGACUCCUGAGAACAGUACGUUGGAAAACGUUUAUGUCAGGUGUUGAUGUAAAGAUAUUUUAGUCCUGGAGUUGUCGGAGAGUUGCACUGUUACAGCCUCACGCUUUUACAAAUAAUGGUACUCGGUCAUAAUGUUGCUCCUCUGCCUACGCUGAUGCCUCAUUACCAUAUUGAGUGUGUGGGUUUUGCGUUUUUAUUUUAGUUACUGUCUACAGAUUAUAGUUCUCAGUAUUUAAGUUAAGGUUUAAAAACAAGUUUCAAAACAUUUCAGUGCGUUUGAGAGGAGAUGUGUUACCUCAGCAGUCGUGCUUUCCUGAGCCAUUUAGCAAGUUAUUCAUAGUACUGUGUGUCACAAUAUAAACCACUGCGACCUGUGAUUCAUCCAUAAAUUCAUCUGGAUUCUGAUCAGGUUUAUUUGAAGUUUAACCACCUUGAUGAGUAACCAUUUAGUGUCAGUAGAGUUGUGAAUGAGUUUAAGUCGGGUUAUAGAUAUUCAGUGUGUGAGCGUAGAGUUAAUCUGAGAUUGACUUGUUCAGCCUAUUAAAGGGUAACUUCUGUAUUUUUUCAACCUGGACCUUAUUUUCCCGUCGUUUUUGUGUCUAUUGGUCGAGUAAUAAGCGAGCACGUUGCAGUCGGCAGCAGCGAAACAGCUGCAAUGUAAUCCUUGCAGGCAACUGCGCCACGUCAAAGUACAUCCUCUAAAGUGCUUGUUUUUGCCACGGAAAGGCUCAGAUUGUAUUAAUAAGUGUCUGACAACAUUGUGGAAAGAAUUCCUACAGAGAUAGACCUUCUAAGAUCAUUUAUGUUUAACCAAAAACAGCUACUAUAUGACAGUAAUUUUGUAGAAUACAGGAGUUGCUGUCGCCGCAUCAGUCGGUUAGUUUGAUUGUGUUAUUGCGUGAGGUCCCGAUCAGACAGAAAGCGUUUUGCAGGUUUGAAAACGCAAGGUGCCUUUUUUUUUUUUUGGUUGAAUUUUUUAUGUUGCUAGGCAAUCGAAUCAAAGAUUAUAGCGCCAGCGAUCUGUAAUCUUUGGUUUGCUGCUAAGUAAUAACUCAUAUUAUUAUAUUAGCAGAAACUUGAUCACAACUCACAAGGGGCGCUUGCUCUGGCAUUGUUUGAGGGUGAGAGGUGUACAAACACGCAGGAGACGGGGAAACGGAGAUCCGUGUGGGUACAUUAGACCCUCAGAAAGAGGAGACACCACUGGUCGGACCACCAGCUGGUCCAGGAGCUUCGUCUCAAUGAUGGUCGGUUCAAGGCUUAUUUUAGGAUGACUCGGGGACAGUUUGCGCUACUUCUAAAACGCAAGGCGCAGAACGCUCACUGCCAAUAGAAUACAAUUUAAAAUACGCCCCUCUCAUUGCAAAAAACUCAUUCUGUCUGAUGCUGUCUGUUUUUGUUUAUUUAAAAAGUUAAAAACAACAUAGUCACACAAUAACACAAACUAUCCGAUCGAGGCAGCAGUUUACCAAAACGGGAAAAGUACUAUUUUUGUCAAGGGUGUCCAGGUGGCUUUGAUAAGAGCGAUGCAGCGGCUGUUUCUGGUUAAACAAAAAGGAUCUUACCCUUUUAAAAAAAAAAAAAAAAAAGAUCUAUCUCUGUAGGAAUUCUUUCCAUAAUGUUGUCAGACACUUUUAAAAACAAUCUGAGUCUGUCGGUGGCAAAAACAAGCGCUUUAGAGGAUGGACUUUGACGGGGCUCAAUUGCCCUGUUUCACUGCCGCCUACUUCAGCGUGCUCGCUUAAUACUCAACCAAUAACAGAAGUUACCCAUUAAGCUAGAUUGAGAAGAGGCAGCAGAGAAACACAAGAAUCUAAAUUGUUAAUCAAGCUGGUUUUAAACGUUUUUUUGCUACCCAAAAACUCACUUGAUGCGCGCCUUUGCACAUUGUUGUGAAUGUAAAUGCUGCUGUGAUACCUGGUCUGGUAAGUUGUUAAGACCAGUGUGUUGUGUUAGGAAGCUCAGCACAGCAAGUGGCAGCAUAUCUCAAGUUGUAUUUUUAGUAAUUUGGGCGGACUGACAUCAGUUUAUUGCAUGUUCACGUUCUUUUUAGUGUUACACAAACUGUCCAGCCUUUAAAACGUCAUGUAUGUCUGUGAUUGUGUAGUAAAAAGUUGUAGUUUUGGCAAAAUUAUUCUAGGACCAUAUUUGGGAAUCUUACGUUUUAAGCCUUUUCAGAGUUUCAUCUAUUUUAUAAUUAUUUUAAAGACUUUUUUUUUAAUGUUAAUCUGAAUUGACUUUAAAACGAUUCAUGUAUUUGUUAUUUAACUCUGUUCUGUGGACCUGGGAACAGUUCAGAGGAUGAUGCGGCCCGUUCCCGCUUGAAUCGACAACAUUAACAACUCUUCAGUUUUUUGCCAGAUAAUUCAUUCCCAUCAACACCAGGAGAUCCCUUUUAAAACUUUCCAACCCUGUUUCAGCUCUGACCAUACAGCGCAUCGUGUGCUCUGUUUCACCUGUAACCACACCCAACAGUGAUGUCACAGGGUCCCUGAGUUAACCUGUACAUCACAGCAGCAAGAUCAGAAGUUAAAUUACUGAAGAUUUUACUGAAGAAAACUAAAUGAAUGUACUGUGUUUAAAGCAGAGCGGCUAGGAUUUUUUUUUGACAACAGCGAUUUAAAAUUAUUCUUAAAGGAACAGCUCAACAAAUUGGGAAGUGGGAAAUGUGCCUAAAAACGUGAUUUUACGGGGAGUGAUGUGCUGUAACAGUUUCUUGGUGAACAACAGUGACUUCCCUUGAAGUGCUAGUCGUCAAGAAGUAGUUAAAGCGCAUAACUCCAAAACCACAAAUUGACUGUACGAGAAAAUGAUUCAGCAAAAUGUAUCAGCUGUAUUAAAAAGUAUUUGGCCAACGGUGCAAAUAUGCGGGUCACUGAAGUUGAACUUGACCAGAAACAUUUGCACAGAUUUACGUCACCCCCUCCUAGCAAAUCCACUAAUUGUACCGAUUCCAUUGGAAUUAAUUCAAAUUGCCACAAAAUUUAUUCUCAUACCGGCAUCGAUUUUUAUAAGAACACGAUUCACUAUUUCAUUGAUGAAGGAAUCUCUUGUGUUGUCUGAUUUUUUUUUUUUUGCAGAAACCUUGACGAGCAUAUUUUAACUUCACUUAGAACAAGUUGUCCAUUUCACACACCAGCUGUGUGUAAAAUGUGUCGGCAGCUAAUAAAACAGACUAGCUUUGAGCUAGUUCAUUCUUAACCUUGGGAGAAGUAGUUUGCCAAUAUAAUCUGAACUAAAGGUCCACUUACUUGCUUUUUAUAAACCAACCGCAGCUCAGCUCCGUUAUAUGAAACUUCGGUCACGUGACACCAGGAGGUCGUACAGCACAUGUUUAAAGAUGAUCUUUGGCGUUGGAUGUGAAAGCCCAGCUUGAUCUUGGUCUAUAACCUUUCUAGUCUCUGCUGUGACCGGUUGUGGCGUGAUUUUGACAGACAGCUGAUGUUGUCUGUCUCUUGAGUUCAUUCGGUCUCUCGUCCAGGUUCCGGUCUUCAGGGUGUACCAGCAGAGAUCUCAAGCUGUGGAAUAGUUUGUGGUAAGUGCCGAGUUCUUGUAACUUGAGGACUGCGGCUAGACGUUCAGCCACGUAAGGGAGUCCUACUGUCUUGUCCUGUCAGGUCUGGAUUAUCCGUUUGUUGACAGUCUUUCUCAGCAGACCGGACAAGGUUGUGAAGUGGACUUUGAGUCAAGGAUUGGCUUUGACACAAAUCUGAAUGAUCGUCAGUGUCACAGUGAUUGUUGAACUCUGACGAGCCUUGUGCUCAUAAUUGUGAAGCGAUUUAUCUUGUGAGAGAGAGCUUGUGUUUGAUGGAAGGAAAGAAGUCAGAAAAUAGUUUCCUCCACAAGAGAACCUCUACAAAAUGUUUUUCUGGUGUGCCAUGAUCAGAUUUUUUUUUUUUUUUUAAAGGUUUCACAACUUUUAAACAUGUUAAAUCUGUAAACUUCUCUCUCGCUUGUAGUAAAUUGUGGUUUUAUUUUGCUUUUCAUUUGCUUGUUUUGACUCACUAUAAAACAUUUCAUAUUUUACACAAGCUAAACACCCACUUUCCCUUCAGACGUCUAAUCCCUUUCCUAGCAAUCUGUUCAUCUACCUGUGACUGAAUCAAGUCUGUUUGGUUUGCCUGUCUCAUGUUGAACAAAACUAAAACACAGUUGCACUUAUCAAAUUAAGAAGAUAUUGGCCAUUAAUUUAGUAUUGGAUUUUGGCUUGUUGGCAUCAUUCCUCCUGAUCACAGCCUGGAAACCUGCGAGGAAAUUGUUUUUCUGGAUAUUUAGUUUAUUGGUUUGUUCAGUGACACUUCUUUUAAAAUGAAUGAAUUUUUUAUUUAUAUUUGUUUCAUUUAAAGGCCAAAUAGUUGUGCAUCUUCUAACAAACAGAGGAGAUUUAUUCAUGUCCCACUUCUGUCAAGAUGCUUUAGUUCAGAGGCAUCAGUCAAAAUGUUUUGUCAUUCUGAUUUUAAUAUACUUUGAGUGUGGAAACUGUUAUUAAUGGACAAAUCUACACCUGUGUGGCCGUCUGACAGGAGAAGAAAAUAUAAAAAUAAAUAUUUUUGUAAAUUUUCUCUUCACUUCCACUUGUUAUUUGCACUUUGCUGUAUUGUUGCCGUCUAUAACCUUUAUGCUUGAUCACUGGAUGAAUUUCUAUAGUGGAAGAUUUAAGAUUUUUUUGUUAUUUUUCUUUGACUGAUUGGGGUUGGCUUUAUACAAAUUCAAUGUUCACUCAAAUAAAAUAUAUGCUGUGAU